AUGUUGCUGCGCUAUGCCUCGGACCAGAAAACUCUGCUGAUACUGAAAUUAGAGAUGGAGUUCAAUAUGAGUGACAAAUCCCCAGAGAUGGCCUUUCAUCACCGAUUGAGCUGUUCCCCUCCGAGCUCUCAGCUGAUCUUUCUGUGCUGCGAACACAUCAUCCCAUCUCGUUAUCAGUCUCUCAUGUGCCAAAUGUGGCAACGUAUUCGUUACGGGGUCCGAUGGAGACCUCAGGAACGGCUUGCUCUCGCUAUAAGAGCGCUUGAUUUGAAGUCUGUGAAAUCAGUCAAUAUUUCGCUUGAUCCUCUCUAUCCAGGGAAUCUAUCAAUCAGGACGUUUUGGCAUAGCAUUCUAAGUCCAAAGGUCCGUAUGACAAAUCCAGCUGUCAAAGUCACGGCAGAGAUACGAAAUGAUCGACAACCGCCCUUCUUUGUAGCACUGUUAGAAGAUGGAAAGAAGCUUCACUUUAAGACUGACAAUAUGCCUGCUAUGGACUUGGUUAUGCGUUUCAAUACACUUCUGGGGAAUCCGGAGCUAGGGAAGUCUGGAACUCGACCAAGGCCAAAAUUAUAA